AUGAACAUUUAUAAAUUUACAAAUCAAAUCUCAAUAAGAACAAGAGAAAUUUCUAAAAGAAUACAAAGAGCUUUAAAUGAAUUAUCUGAAAAUUUACAACGUGAAUUACAACAAAAUAAGAACCACAGAGAAUUUGGUCAAAAUGUUCAACAACCAUCACAACAUCAACAUCAACCAGCUUAUAUACCAGUGCCAGUAAAUCAAGGUAGAAAUUUUAAACCAUUUAUUCGUCAAUUUUCAACAACAACAAGAAGACAAAAUUUUACAUAUUCACCAACUUGGAAUUAUAAAUUUCAACCACAACUUAAAAGAAAAUUUCAUUCAACCACAAUUAAAAAUUUAAAAUUUUUUAAAAAAUCAAAAAUUUUAAGUUUAUUAAAUCAUGGAUUUAUAUAUCAUAAUUUUUCACAAAUUUAUCAAAACAAUUACCUGUUAAAAAUUUAUCAACAAAAUGUUAAAAAUACUUAUAAAAUAUUAUUUACUAAAUUAAGAGAAAAAUAUCAGAUCUAUAAAACAAAAGAUUCAUUACAAAUAAAUCAAAAAAUAAAUUCAAAAUUAUUAUUGAACUUAUCAUUAACUUCUAAAAAUCAUCAUAUCAUUACAAGUUUAGCUAAAAUUGAAUCAUCAGCACCAAUUAAAGAAUCUGUGGAAAUUGAGAGUUGUUUUAUGGAUUUCCCAAUAAAUUUUAAUUUUAAUAUUCCAAAUGAAACAAUACUUUCGGAAGAAAUAUUUCAUGAAAUGAUUUUUAGUAUCAAAAAUUUUGAAAUGAAAUUAAAAAGCUUCAAAUCCGAUUUAAUUAAUUUAUUUGAUUUAGGUGAAUUACCAUUGAAAUACAUUCAAUCCUCAAAUGUUAUUAGAAUUCAUUUUCCAAAUUGUGAUAGAGAAAGAUUGGAGAAAUUAUGUAAAGAGAAAAACAUUAGUGGUGGAAUAAUUAUUGAAGAAGUAGAACCAGUUACCAAAAUAGUUCAACAACCACAAAGUCCUAUUAGUGAUGUUGAUAUUUUGAGUUCUUAUAAUGAAGAUUAUAGUUGUACAAGUGAUGCUGAUAUUCUUAGUAACUCUUCCAAUGAAUUAGGUGUUCAUUUGAAUGAAGUUGUUAGACCAAUCAAUGAAUUUAUGCCAGUACAACAAAUGAUUAGUAUAAAUGAUGGUGAUGGUUAUCAUUGGAUUUCUUCUAAUUAA